AACGUGAAACGUCACUGUCAAGGAGAUUGUUGUUUGGUUGGACGUCAAUUUGUUGAAAAUAAAAACAUUUCUGCCGGUUUUUCAGUUCUUUCAAUAUUUAAGAAAAUCUAAUAAACUCAAUUUAGAGAAAUGAAGGAAGCUACACCAGACGUAGAUACGAGGAAUGUGGUGAAGAACAGGGAAUUGUUAUAUCGUAUGAUUAUCAGUCAGCUAUUCUAUGAUGGAUUCCAACCGAUUGCUGCUACGCUAUCUGCAGCUGUUCAUGCUGAUCCACCAUGCCCACCGAGUGACAGGCUUCUAAACCUCAUGAUGGUGGGGCUCCAGCAUGAGCCGGAUAGGAAGGAUCGACUCGCCGCGUCCAGUGGGGCUGAACAUCUACUGGGGACUACUGGGUUUGACUUGGAAUUCGAAAUGGACGCAUCGUCCCUCGCGCCCGAGCCGGCGACGUACGAAACGGCGUACGUGACGUCACACAAGAUGGCGUGCCGCGCGGGCGCGUUCAGCUCGUGCGGACAACUCGUGGCCACCGGUAGUGUGGACGCGAGUAUUAAGAUUUUGGACGUGGAACGUAUGUUGGCCAAAUCCGCGCCGGAAGAAGUCGAUCCGGGGAGGGAGCAACAGGGACAUCCGGUUAUACGGACUUUAUACGAUCACACGGACGAAAUUACGGCGCUAGAUUUCCAUCCCCGCGAACAGAUUUUGGUCUCCGCGUCGAGGGAUUGUUGUAUCAAGCUCUUUGAUAUCACCAAGGCAUCCGCUAAGAAGGCGUACAAGUCUAUCACGGACUCAGAACAAGUUCUAUGCGUGGCUUUCCAUCCGCUCGGCGAUCAUAUAAUAGCUUCUACUACGCACCCGGUGAUACGUCUGUAUGACGUCACCACGAGCCAAUGCUUCGUGUGUCCCGUACCAUCGCACCAUCACAAGAAACAAGUCAAUUCUAUCAAAUUUUCGCCGAACGGCAAAUACUUCGCCAGCGGCAGCGCGGACGGUUCCGUCAAACUUUGGGACACAGUGUCCAAUCGAUGUUUCAACACGUUCAAAAACGCGCACGACGGUUCCGAAGUUUGUUCCGUCGCUUUCACACGGAACAGCAAGUACCUCCUAACCUCCGGAAUGGAUUCGUCGAUAAAAUUAUGGGAACUAGCCAGUAGUAGAUGUCUCAUACAAUAUACUGGUGCGGGGACUACUGGCAAGCAAGAACACCACGCGCAAGCUGUAUUUAAUCACACGGAAGACUACGUGAUGUUCCCGGACGAAGCAACAACUUCACUUUGCACAUGGCAUUCGCGCAGUGCUAGCCGAUGUCAGCUCAUGUCGUUGGGGCACAAUGGGGCAGUGCGGUACAUUGUUCACUCGGGAACGGCGCCGGCAUUUUUAACUUGCAGCGACGAUUAUAGAGCGCGGUUUUGGUAUAGACGUAAUACGCAUUAAAUAAAUGUACUUUUUCUGA